UCCUUCACUUUAACACAGAGCCAAAGGCUUACCUGUAUUUAAUCUGAAACAGAAGUCAAGUUAAUUACAUUAAAGUUAUGUAAUUUAUCAGAAAGUGCACAUCACCAUCUGACUUCCAUCAUUUUAGAUUUUACUUUCUUAAUUUUAGAAAUUGUCGUGGUUUGUUGUCAUACUACAUCAGAGACAUUGACCAAGGUCCAUAAUCUAUUGUACUGGAUGCAGGCAUCUUUUUUAAAAAAAAAAAUAAUAAUAAUAAUUUUGUAAUUUCUCCUAUCUGCACAAGAUACAGAUUUAAAGCUGAUCAGAACAAUAUUUUGAAAUGAUGAGUCUUUAAGAUUCACACCACAUCCAAAUUGUUGUUUCUCCAAAAACCUUGUAGCAACUCCAUAAAGUUAAUAAGGUCUGGACUUUAUGAUCAAUCCAAAGGUUCCAGGCCAGUUAGGUGCUUCCUUGAAAUGUUCGUUAAAUGCAAUGUUAAAAUGAUCUUUGCCUUCCACUCUGUUUUUGUAGUUUUCCUCUUCUGUGUUUUUAUACUUCUUUAUUAUAAGUCACACUAUGUUCUGCAUGUUUAUUUCUUGCUUAAAGUACAACAUAGAGACGCCAUUAAAGCUAUGCUGAAACAUCGCAUUGUUUGGAGGGUAAGGUCUCCGACACUGCACUUUGUAAAGGUACCUUAAAGUAACAUGGUAAAAAAAAGAUUACCACUAAAUUUUAACUUAUUUUAAAAUAAUUUAGGGCAAGUAUAAAUUUAUAGCCCAAAUAUAAUCAUAAAGUAUCACAAGGGAGCUCUGUUGAACCUGGCUGUAGUUUAUUGCAGCACUUUAAUAGCUGCAUUAUUAUAUUAUGACCCUGAGUAUACUCUACAGAUCACUUUACAAAGUAAAGUUGUUUUAACAACUUAAAUGGAGUUGUGGAAAAAAACUAUGUACAAACUAUGUACAAAACUAUGUACACAUAAAUUAUAUACACAUGAAAACUGGAAGAAAUACAUGAUGAAAAACAGGAUAUUUUUUUCCUAAAUGUUUGUUGUGUACAAUAUUUAGAUAAAAGGCAUUUUGAAACUUUUGUAUUGUGAUAAAAACUAUGCUGAAUUAUUCCCCAGUUGUAUUUGCUGCUGUAAACAAAUAUUCUGUUGAAACUAAAUCAUUUGAUCUGUAAAAAAUAAAAAAGUAUUUUGUAGUAUUGCAAGAGUGUUAGUGUUACAGUCCAGACUUGUUGCACAUCCAGGUCCUGGUGAGGGCAUCUCCUUUCCCUGCUCAUGUUACAUCUCUGAAUGUAGAUAUGUGAGGGGCCCUGCGGGGUACAGCAUGUGCUUUACGAAUCCACAACAUCCCCCUCCGUCACUCCGUCCACUUGCUUUUAGAGGGGACAUAAUUAUCACCACAGCAUUUAGUUCCACCCCUGUGCUGCGUGUUUGUCAUAGUCACAGUGUAACUAUUUGAAUAUGUCUCAGAGUGUGUUUUUAGUCUCCCUCACUGUUGCCUGAAUGCUUGUGGAUGUGUUUGUGUCGUUGUUUGUUUUUGUCUGUGUGUCUCUGGCUGUUUGUGCGUUGGUCUUGUUGCUCCCUGCUCUGAUUGCACCUGUGUCUGACGGUCCCUGUUCUGUCACUGUGCAGCAUAAACUCAAGUCUUCGCAGAGAGACAAGGUACGUCAGUUCAUGUCCUUCACACAGGCUGGGGAGAAGACAGCCGUGUACUGCCUCACACAGAAUGACUGGAAACUAGAAGUGGCCACAGACAACUACUUUCAGAACCCAGACCUUUACUGUAAGGAGUCCAUGAAAACCUCAGUAGACCGGAAAAAGCUGGAGCAGCUUUACAACAGGUACAAAGAUCCUCAGGAUGAGAAUAAGAUCGGCAUCGACGGGAUCCAGCAGUUUUGUGACGACCUCUCACUGGACCCGGCCAGUAUUUCUGUGCUGGUGGUCGCGUGGAAGUUUCGCGCUGCCACUCAGUGCGAGUUCAGCAAAAAGGAGUUCCUGGAUGGAAUGACGGAGCUGGGGUGUGACAGUCCAGAGAAACUAAAGGCCCUUUUGCCAAGAUUAGAACAGGAGCUAAAAGACAGCGGGAAGUUUAAAGAUUUCUACCAGUUCACAUUUAACUUUGCCAAAAAUCCUGGACAGAAGGGUUUAGAUUUGGAAAUGGCCGUAGCCUACUGGAACCUGGUUCUAUCAGGACGCUUUAAGUUCCUCGACCUUUGGAAUAGAUUUCUUUUGGAACAUCAUAAACGAUCCAUCCCAAAAGACACGUGGAACUUAUUGUUGGACUUUGGGAACAUGAUUGCAGAUGACAUGUCAAAUUAUGACGAGGAAGGAGCGUGGCCUGUUCUUAUAGAUGACUUUGUGGAAUUUGCGCGACCAAUUGUAACAGGAUCAAAACGUAAAACUCUCUAAACCCAACUCUGGGUGACUCUGGACGCACAGAACCUUGUUUCUUUUACAGUGACUUGAUAGUUUUUUUUAAGACUUGUAUAAAAAAAAAAACAAGUGAAAAUGGUAGACUACAGAGAGAAAAUAAACAGAAGCACUUGAAACCGUCAGGAAACCACCUUUUUCAGGGAGCUGAGUUCCAACUGACAAUAACCACAACCCACGACGUUGUUUUUCCCUCUUUAUUUAAUCCUCGUGCGACUGAGGCAUCACGUGGUCAUCGCCAGCUUCACCUCUGUCUUUCCUGCUGGAUUCUCCGAGUCCUAGACCCCCCUCUGCUCAGCCCGUGGAGGAGAAGCAUCUGUCGGGCAUCUGCUCCAAGCGACGGAAGUGGACAGCCCUAAGAGUACGUCUAAUCGCUGAAUGGACCGGAGAGUGUGUCCUUGGAUUCUGUCCAGUCUGCUUUAUUUGGUUGAUUUGAAGCUCCGAGUGACUGCGCUAAAGUCCCAACGUCUCACUCGCAAACACGAAAUGGGGACAUCGUGCUCACGACACCAGCACCAACGGAAUUAAUGCAGUUUUUACUGUACAUACUGUAUCUAUUGGGACAGUUUACAAAGAGAGCUAUAUGAAGAAUAAUAUAAAUAUGUUGAAUUUAUAAAUGCAAAAAAAAAGAUGAUUUCUUUUAUGUACAGGAGACGCUAACAUCUCUUCUGAGAUGCCUCAAUGUUGUAGACGAUGAUGGUAGUGAUGAUGAUGCUGUCGUUGGUUUUACCGUUGAUGGAUCUGUCCAAUCAUGAACUUCUCAUGGAAAGCAUGUUGAACACAUUGUUUGCUCCACUUUGGGCUGGUUUCAUGAUUGAAACGACCGACAGUUCCCUCUGUACGUUGACGUUCUUUUGUCGGAAUAAUUGGGUUGGUAGUGGGUCUUAAAUCUUUAAGUCAAUCCCGUCCACAGUAUUCAUCCUUACGUUUUUAUCGUCAGUCAUUAAAUUCUUUACAACCGUCGAGAAGCGUGUUUCCGUAUUUAAUCGCUGAAUCUGUCUCGAGUUAGGUCAGCAGCAUUUGAAAGAAAUUCAAUGCUGUGAGAUGUGGAAGGGCUUCAGGAUUGCAUGGCACACGUGUACGUACGUAUGUUACAGCAGCGCACAGUCCCCUGGUGAGACGACAGGACACUGGAGGGGGCUAGGGGUCAGCCUUAACAAUCAAAUACAUGUCUGUUCAAUGUUCACGUUUCUGUUCAAUGUUACUGGAGGUAGUGAAAACAGAAUAUAAUGAUGACACAUCAUGUAAGUAGUAAGUAUAUUGUUCAUUUACGGAAAGAUGAAUAAAGCAUGACUUUUUCCAUAA